CCCGAAAUACCACAACCCUUGUCGAAAUUACAAAUUGACCCGCAAAACUCUUUCGCAGCUCUGCCAGAAAUGGAAGUGAUGACGCUCCACUGACGAAUUGUCACCCACUAAGCAGCGUCGACAUUUUUCCUUUUUCUCUCCAAAUUAGAAUUCCAUCAUUCCGCACAAGUCCAUGACUCAAAAGCUUCAGUUCUUAGUCCCAUAGCCUUCGAAGCACACAAAUUCACCACUCCAAAACAGAAAUAGGCAGAGAGUUAUGGUCCUUCCAGCGGUAAAGUUAGCAACCCUUGCCCUCAAAACCAUCUCCAAACCCAUUGCUAAUCGGCUCAAGCGAGAGGCUGGCUUGCACCCGCGAUUUAGGCAGUUCAUCGUUAACAUUGCCCAGGCAAAUCAUCGAUUUACAACAAAUGUGCAAAGACGGAUUUAUGGUCAUGCAACUGAUGUUGCAAUACGCCCACUGAACGAGGAGAAAGCUGUCCAAGCUGCUGCAGAUCUUCUCGGGGAGCUCUUUGUGUUCACGGUUGGAGGCGCUGCAGUUAUUUUUGAAGUGCAAAGAAGCUCAAGAUCAGAAGCAAGAAAGGAGGAGCUACGUAGACAGGAAUUAGAGGCAAUGAGACAAAGAGAUGAAGAUUUAGCAAGAGAAGUUGAGCUGCUGAAGAAAAAACUUGAAGAGCUGGAACAACUUGCCAAAGGACGAGGAAUUGCCGGAUAUUUCAACUUCAGGAAUGCUCAAGGCCCUGAGAAUGAAAAGGCUAAAAUCCCAGUUUGAUCACAGCAAAAAUGAAUCCCAGUUUGAUCACAGCAAAAAUGAAGUACAGCACGUAGUAUUACUGUAAGAACCAACCCAGCCUGAUUUAUACUUACUCAUUCUCUUCCGGAAUGGCUUGGCCGGUUGUAUUUGCAUGUAUUUCGCAAACCUUUGAGGACAAUUUUUGCAGAAAAUCAGCAAGAUCCACAAGACUGAAGUCCUUCAACUAAGGGCAAUGAUACUUACAAGGCAAGCUCACACAAAUCUGAUUUAUAUCUCACACUGCAAAGAUAGCAUUUCAGGAUUUAGUGAUAUUAUUUGUGGACUCAUCUGAGACUAGUAAAGUACUUGUGACUUUGAUACGACUACGAGCCAUACAAUUAAAAACCUUCAGUCACUCUUUUUGGGCUUUAAA